UUAAGAUGCUAACAAAGAGGGGAUUUGUUCCAGGCUGGAGGAGAACUACGUUGCCCAGGUGAAGGCUCUGGGCGGUGAGGUGGAGGACAGUAGGAGUCAGCUGGCUCAGAUGGAGAAGGAGAUGAGCUUCCUGCGCUCCGAGCUGGAAGCUCAGAAGGAGGCCAACGUUCGCUCCCCGAGCAACACCAUGAAAAACCUGGUGGAACGCCUCAAAGCACAACUCACUCAGAAGGAGAAACAGCUCAAGGCUCUCAGUAAGGCUCUGUUGGAGCUGCGGGCGGAGAUGAUGUCAGCUGCAGAGCAGCAAGUCAUAGCCAACGCUGCCCAGAAAGAGCAGAGUCUCAACGUUCAGAUGCUAGUGGACAAACACACCAAAGACCUGAAGGCACGGGUACAGGAACUGAACGAAGAACUUCAAGCUGCAAAGGAGUCGGCCAAAGCAGCCAGGAGCAGAGAGAACGUUCUGAAAGAGGAGGUUGAAGGACUAAACCUAGACUUCCAGAAAUAUCAAAGAACUCAGAGACGACUGCAGGCCGAGAAAGCAGAGCGAGAGCAAGAAGUGGUGGAGCUCAAGCAGCAAAUAAAGAGGCUCACCAGCACCAUGCAG